AUGGACCCGGACAUGGAAGCUGAAUUGUUUGGACUUGAUCAUAUGGAUGCUGAUAGUGGUCUGAUGGAGAUAGACUCAUACAACACAUGUGAGGCUGACUUGGAGAUCCCGCUGUCUGAGCACUUGAACAAUGCCGUUGGAAGUUGGAGAAUCUUGCCUUCAGGUGAAAUCCCAUUCUCGAUACCACUCGCCCCCAUCAACAAGGAGAAUGAGUUAUGUGAUUAUGACGUCCCUGACUUUGGGAUUGAUAUUUUCGACUAUGAACCUCCGGCGAAAAAAUAUGCUCUCAAAGACAUCUCUCCUGAUAAUCCAACCUACCCUUGGCCAUCACAAGCUGAUUUUACGACAUCGCUUUUAUUCAGCUCUCCACGCCUUCCCUUCUCAGAUGCUCAGAAGAAAGCGGUACUUAAUUGGGCAAAACAGCUUGGCACCAAAAAUGUGCCCUCACUCAACGGGACUAAAAAGUGUCAACUGUUCAUUGAGGAUCUUGUUGGUCGACCAACCGAGAAGGUUACUGCCCAGUCAGGGAAUAUAUUCUACAUUAAUAAUAUUGUGAACGCAAUUGCAAAGGACUAUGCAAACCCACUUACACGUUUUGCAAUGCAAGAUUAUCCUGAGGAUUGUGGGAAAGGGAUGUCGCAAUUUUUCAACAGCACAAAGAUGUUGCUCGACCUUCCAUCUCCUCCCGCAGCACGAGUGGAUGGGAUAGUGUAUUUUGUCAAUGAGCUAUUACAGGAGUCUUCGGGAGCCUACUUUAUUCUGGAACAGUUUUUCCUUGGCUCUCCGGUUGUUGAGGGUGGUGUUGAAGGUCCUGAUAAUAAGAUUCUCUAUGCAGGAUUUAUUAUCAACAAUGAACAAGAAAUCGUCCCAACUUCAACAUUUGCACGGUCAUAUGAAGAUAUUUCAUCAACAAAUGAGAUUGACUGUGGACUCACUGCAUUGUCUGCUAAAUACGGGUCACUCGAGCCUAAUCCCUUGCGUGAAAAGGCGCAAGGCCGAAUGGUUUAUACAGUCCCUCUCAUAAUCUUCAUGGACGAUGUCUCGGGCAAUAUUUCGAAGCAGUGGAACAAGCACCACACUAUUUAUAUGUCAAAUGCAAACUUACCUCGUGAAAUGCUCGAGAAGGAGUUCUUUGUGCGAUUUGUCACAUCGUCACCCCACGCUGCUCCAAUGGAACUGAUGCGAGCAAUGAAAGAUUCUCUUUGUAAUGCAGCGCAGUCUGGCAUUGUUGCAUGGGACUGUAAAGAUGAGGAGGAAGUUAUGCUCAUUCCAUGUGGACUUUUUCUUGCCGGCGAUAAUCCUAUGCAAGCCGAGGAAUGCAGCCAUGCAAGCCGAGGAAUGCAGCCAUGCAGGCCUUAA